AAGCAGCCCUCUCUCCAGUCGACCACCAUGAUGUGGAAACCCGCCUUCCUUGCCCUCCUUCCCUUCGUUUCUGCGAGCGUCCAAAAGCUUAAGCUCUCCAAGGUUACGCCUUCGGCCGUCUCCAAUCCUGAGGCCGAGGCCUACUACCUCGCUGAGAAGUAUGGUGUUGCUGUCCAACCCCAGGUUCCCCUGAUGGGCGCAGGAGGCUCCGGCCGCCGUGUCAGCCGUCCUUCCAGCAACGGCAAAGAGCAGCUCUUUUGGACUCAGGAAGAUGUCAAGGGCGGUCACAGCGUCCCUCUCACCAGUGCGUCACCGGCGUCGUCGUCAUCUUCUGCUCGGUUGCCGACCGAUUAAAACGCUACUAGACUUCAUGAAUGCCCAAUACUUCACUGAAAUCCAGCUCGGUACCCCUCCCCAAUCUUUCAAGGUCAUUCUUGACACGGGGUCUUCUAAUCUUUGGGUCCCCAGUUCCGGCUGCACCUCCAUUGCGUGCUUCCUGCAUGCAAAGUACGACGCGUCUGCCUCUUCGACCUAUAAGAAGAACGGGACCACGUUCGAGAUUCAUUACGGGAGUGGCUCGAUGGAGGGAAUCGUUUCCAACGACAUGUUCACCAUCGGGGACCUUAAGGUUCCCAAGUUAGACUUCGCUGAGGCUACCAAGGAGCCUGGUUUGGCGUUCGCCUUCGGAAAGUUUGAUGGUAUCCUUGGACUUGCUUACGACACCAUCUCUGUGAACCACAUCACACCCCCCUUCUACGCCAUGGUCAACCAGGGUCUACUCGAUGCUCCCGUCUUUUCCUUCCGUCUCGGAUCUAGCGAGGAGGACGGCGGUGAAGCCAUUUUCGGCGGAAUCGACGACACAGCGUAUUCGGGUAAACUUACUUAUUUGCCCGUUCGUCGCAAGGCCUACUGGGAGGUUGAGCUCGAGAUGAUCAAGUUCGGGGACGAUGAGCUCGACCUCGAGAACACCGGUGCUGCCAUCGACACCGGGACGUCUCUGAUUGUUGUUCCCACCGACGUUGCGGAGAUGCUCAACGCGCAGAUCGGUGCUAAGAAGUCGUGGAACGGGCAGUACACUAUCGAGUGCAGCAAGGUCCCUUCCCUUCCAGACCUAACCUUCUAUCUCGGAGGCAAGCCUUUCCCGAUCAAAGGAUCAGACUACAUCAUGGAGCUCUCUGGCACGUGUAUAUCCUCGUUUACUGGAAUGGACCUCAACAUUCCCGGAGGCGAUCUCUGGAUCCUCGGGGACACUUUCCUGCGCAAGUACUACACCGUUUACGAUCUUGGGCGAGAUGCUGUUGGCUUUGCCGAUGCUGUUUAAGUUAGCAUCGCUCGGAAGCUGUUCAGUCUCAGUUGUGUUUUGUGUACGAUAGGUUCUCAUGUGAAUAAUUAUGUCUUGGACAACUGUAGACGUUUAUUCCAGCCAUGCGUCGUCACGUGAACAGUC